GUUUAGAAGGCCAAGAUGUUGUCUAAUUUGAGGACAUUUGCAGUGAGUCAUAAGAAAAUAUCUUGCUUGCACAUUAAUAAUAUGUAUUGCUCUAGAAUUAUAUCAAGUUUAAAAAGAAUAAAGACACAUGUGCCUCUUGGAAGAAAUUACAGUUCCCUGCCAGGUUUAAUAGGAAAUGAUAUCAAAUCUCUUCAUUCCAUCAUCAGUCCUCCUGUAGCUAAAAUACGUAAUAUUGGAAUUAUGGCUCAUAUCGAUGCAGGCAAAACUACCACCACAGAAAGAAUACUGUACUAUUCUGGAUACACAAGAUCAUUGGGAGAUGUUGAUGAUGGAGACACGGUGACAGAUUUCAUGGCUCAAGAGCGAGAAAGAGGCAUCACUAUUCAGUCCGCUGCUGUUACGUUUGACUGGAAGGGGUACAGAGUCAAUCUAAUUGACACACCAGGUCAUGUGGAUUUUACUUUGGAGGUUGAGCGCUGCCUAAGAGUGUUAGAUGGUGCGGUGGCUGUAUUUGAUGCCUCUGCUGGUGUAGAGGCACAAACUCUCACAGUAUGGAGGCAAGCUGAUAAACACCAGAUACCUCGAAUCUGUUUUUUAAACAAGAUGGACAAAACUGGAGCGAGUUUUAACUAUGCAGUUGAAAGCAUCAGAGAGAAGUUGAAGGCAAAGCCUUUGCUUUUACAGUUACCAAUUGGUGAAGCCAAAAAUUUCAAAGGAGUGGUGGAUGUAGUAAGUAAAGAAAAGCUCCUUUGGAAUUCCAAUUCCGAUGAUGGAAAAGACUUUGAGAGAAAACCCCUUUUGGAAAUGAGUGACCCUGAAUUGCUGAAGGAGGCAACUGAAGCAAGGAGUGCCUUAAUCGAACAAGUUGCAGAUUUGGAUGAUGAAUUUGCUGACUUGGUUUUAGGAGAAUUUAGUGAAAAUUUUGAUUUGGUACCAGCUGAAAAGCUACAGACUGCAAUCCACAGAGUAACCCUGGCUCGGACAGCAGUGCCCGUGCUUUGUGGGAGUGCCCUGAAAAACAAAGGGGUCCAGCCGUUGUUAGAUGCCAUUACUAUGUAUUUGCCUUCACCUGAAGAGCGCAACUAUGAAUUUCUGCAGUGGUACAAGGGUGACUUAUGUGCACUGGCAUUCAAAGUUCUCCAUGACAAGCAGCAGGGACCACUGGUUUUUGUGCGCAUUUACUCAGGGGUGAUAAAACCCCAGUCGGCCAUCUACAAUAUUAAUGGAAACUGCACGGAGAGAAUAAGUCGUCUACUUUUGCCAUUUGCUAACCAACAUGUAGAAAUCCCUUCACUGACUGCUGGCAACAUUGCUUUGACUGUUGGGCUUAAACAUACAGCCACCGGAGACACCAUCGUCUCAUCCAAGUGGAGCGCAUUAGCUGCAGCUCGUCGAGCCAGAAGAGAAGGAGAAAAGAAACAUAAACAAAACAGUGAAGAAGAGAGACUCUUACUGGCUGGGGUGGAGAUUCCAGAACCUGUGUUCUUCUGUACCAUAGAACCUCCUUCAGUGGCUAAGCAGCCAGAUUUGGAUCAUGCAUUGAAGUGCCUUCAGCGUGAAGAUCCCAGUUUGAAAGUGAAGCUUGAUCCUGACUCUGGACAGACUGUCCUAUGUGGAAUGGGGGAGUUACAUAUUGAAAUCAUUCACGACCGCAUCAAGAGAGAAUAUGGCCUGGAAACCUACCUGGGGCCCCUUCAGGUCGCAUACCGAGAGACCAUCCUAAGUCCAGUUCGUGCCACAGAUACCUUAGAUAGAACUUUAGGAGACAGACGGCACCUUGUGACUGUGGAACUGGAAGUAAAACCCGUGGAAACAUCAUCUGUUAUGCCAGUUAUUGAGUAUGCCGAAAGUGUUAGUGAAGACAUUCUGAGGGGCUCCCGAGAGGCCAUUGAGAAUGGCAUUCACAGUGCAUGCCUCCAAGGACCAUUGCUUGGAUCCCCAGUUCAAGAUGUGGCAGUUACUUUACAUUCGCUGAUAAUUCAUCCUGGUACCUCUUCAACUAUGAUUUCUGCCUGUGUCUCAAGAUGUACACAGAAGGCUCUAAAGAAAGCUGAUAAACAAGUUUUAGAGCCCCUGAUGAACCUUGAGGUUACAGUGACUAGAGAUCACCUGAGCCCCGUCCUGGCAGACCUGGCACAAAGACGAGGGAACAUUCAGGAAAUCCAGAGUCGUCAGGACAACCGAGUUGUUAUUGGGUUUGUCCCCUUAGCAGAAAUGAUGGGUUAUUCAACUGUUCUUCGGACGGUAACAUCGGGCUCAGCUACUUUUGCCCUAGAACUAUCUAAUUAUCAAGCCAUGAAUCCUCAAGACCAAAGUGCCCUGCUCAACCGUAGAAGUGGGCUGACCUAAGUGCUCCUAGGUCCUUGGAGAGAAAUUCAGGAGCAUCUGCCUGUUCGUUAUCAGUAAGGACAAUUUUUAUUCUUUAUUUAUUGGACAAAUAAAUUGCCAUUUGAAUACAUUCAAGGAACUGAAAGAGGUAACUUAAACCUGACAGUGGCGCUGUGGCGGCCCAUUCUGCUUUAUGUCAUGAGAAGUGUGCUCUGAUGUAGAAAGUUAACGUACCUGAACUACACGUGUUUAUACGAGGUCCUUCAUGUCAGUAAAGACACAGCCCUUUUGAACGCAUUGAACGAUAUAUUUUGUUGUUGCUU